CUUCACUUACAAUAACAUCAAAGAUCUGACAAUGUUGAAGAGUUAAUGAGAGUACAGCUUUUGAUAAAGAAACGGAUAUUGUCAGGAUUAAGGUGUGUGGUUAUCCACUGACCCUGUAGGUAUGAUACACCACAGGAGAUUUCUGGUUGUACUAACCUUACCCGUGUCUACAGAUUUCACUCUCUAUCUCUCAGGUUGUGGCCUUCAUUGUUCGAUGCUGAACUUAUGUUAGCUUAAGACGGAAACGGGACAAAACAAAAAAUGUGGUGACCAUGCAAGAGAAAAAUAUCUAUUUUAAAUCAACCACUUGGGAUGGGUGGGGUGGGGAUUACAUGAAUGGAUUCAUAAUGCUCCUCAGUGUGUCGUUAAGUCACAGUAUAUGCCACCCUCGGUUUCAUUUAACCCCUCCUAGACAAUACUUCGACCCCGACUUCCCGUGUUGUGUUUCCAAAACACAGAGUAGUCUUGUUGAAUGAAUAGUCGUAAUGCUCGACAUGCAUAUCACGAGAUGCACAAGUGUAUUGAAAAUGACGAAAGAUAGACGGUGAAUUUAGAAUAAUUGAACACAAUUUGUCAUCAACAUCGAUUCUUCAUUUCUUUUCUUUUACGUCAGGUGGCACUGUGAAGCUCACUUGUAAAUGAUGAUGAUUCAAAGUGCACUAAAAGCACUGACUCAGUAGUGGCCAGGCAGGGAUGAUUCAUAAACAGCAUUAGCUUGUGACUACCUACUGUACAUAAUAUAGUGACGAGCCAAGAUUAUCAGCUCUUUGUGCCAAUACACAUUAAGUUUAAAGUCCUUGCAGCUUCACAAGGGGGGUCAUAAAUACUAGUUGGAACAGUAGGGGGUUAUCAAACAUCGAGGACUCUUCCCUGGCUGGUCACCUGUUUACCUGUAAUACACCCUAAAUGUGUUUGUAACUUUUAAAUAAACAAAUGAUUCUCAUUGUGCUGAUUUUUUAUUUUUAGACUGUGCACCGACCAGCUGGGAGAUGAUAUAUGUACUAAUAAUUGCCACGGUCCUGUUUUCUCUUUUACAAUGAAAUUACGCUUGUCAUCUGUUCCUUUGCUUUUUCAUAGUAUUUGCAUGUAGAUCAUAACGAAGUCCACCCAGACAUUUAAAUACAGGUAAACGCUGGCGUGUUGCAGUCUGCCUAAAAAUACUCCAACAAGACACGUAAUGCAGGGAAAUACCCUUUGGAUAGGUACGAACUUCGUAUGAGUUGACUUCGGUCGAAACACGUUGGCACUACGUAGAAUCAAUAUACGUGUAUAGUACAUCACGUUGACGAAUCGAAGGUUGGGAGAAUAUGCAUCUUGCGAAUUCUCCGCGAUCAUACUACAUAUUUAGCACCCACAUACCAUGCCAUUGCAAUUAAAAAUCAACACUAGUACUGUUUAAAUCUCGUAUCCUCUAAUCAAAUUAUCUCCGGGACACAUAGAAUAAGGUAAUUUUAGGAUAAUAAUUUCGAACCGAUGUGUUUCUAAGGACACCAUCUGCCAUAUUGGGUUCUUUUCAGCCAAUGAAAUAACGCGAAAACAUUUUAACUCCUCCUUCCUGUUUCCUGGUAUUAAACCUUUGUGUAUUCGCGUGUAUGAUUACACAAAAGAAUAUACCGAACAGUGAGGACGUUGCCUACACGAUCUGUUUUCCCUCAUAUAUCUAGAAUUGAUAUAGGACUUAUUUUACUAUGACUUUUACUGAGAACUCCGAAUCCACAAUGCAAAGCGAGAAAAGGACCGCAAAUACUGGACAGAUGCUUAAAGACGUACUAGUGCAGGCCAAAGAAGAGGGCCGAGCGACAUUUGGCAUCUAUGAAUGUGCCCAGUUACUGAAUACAAAUUCUGAUGAUGUAACACUCUGCAUCCUUCCCCCGGGAGAUGUCAAUGACGUCACGGUGCAUAUUCAUCACACCUUAAUGGAGGCUUUCUGUUUGGAAAACGAUAUAAAGCUAAUAAAGGUUGACAGUUUAGAGAAAUUAGAAGCGGUCUUUUCCGGGACUUCCAACACCGAUAUGCUUGACUGCAGUUGUGUUUUGGUCACUGCUCCUGAAAAAACUGACCACACCUACAAUGACCUUAUGGAUGUGACUGAUGGACCAGUUAUUGAAAUGCCCGUAUGAUCACAGGGACCAAAUGAUCCUCUGCUUUCACCAGGAAAAGCCCACUUUCUGGUCUACAUAAAAAUGUGCAGCUUUCUCCAUGGAAGGAAACAAUCCGUCCAGGAAGUGAUCGACAGCAUGCGUGAGUGGCGAAAAUCAGGAAGUGAUCGACAGCAUGCGUGAGUGGCGAAAAUCACAGCGCAGGAAACAAAAACCCGGGAUGUCCCAAGUUUACUCCAACUCCGCAUGAUGUUCAAACUCCCACAUAACGUGCCUGUCUGACUCAAAAAGGCGUUGUUUUGCUAAAACGUAUAUAUGUUUAUUUGAAAUAAAUAAUUAUACAUAGUAAA